CUGGCCCGAGGGCAGAGGUGGGGAGGGAUAUUAUGUAGCUUGGGGUUUAGGAACUGUGGAGUGUGUAUGUGUGCGCAUGCUCCAUGUUACUCUGGAUGCGGAGUCGGACUCCACGCCUCCCUCAGGAUCUCUGAUAUUCCUGUAGCGGGUGGGUUUGGCGCAGGCGCACUAUUUUUCUAACCGUGAGCGGCGGAAUGAAGAGAACUGCUGUUUUCAGGGCAUGCGUACUACGAGAGUGAGGAGCCAUGUCCAACGGAGCAUGCGCUGUGUGUCCUGUCUUGACUGGGGCGCGGGAUACGCCGCGCAUGCGCUCCAUCGCUGUGUCUGUUGUAAGUCGGACUCCGGCUGGUCGCGCGCUGCACUCUGGGAGUGAUUGAGGAAGUAAAAUGGCGGAUUUAGCGAACGAAGAAAAACCUGCCAUUGCUCCACCCGUCUUUGUGUUUCAGAAGGAUAAAGCACAGAAGGCAAGGUCAGCUCCCACACUGCUGUCCUGGGCAACACAGUAUGGGGACGAGUCCCCUGCAGAGCAAAAAGGUUUGUCGGAUUCAGGCGAGGACCCACAGGGAGAGGCUGAGUCCCCCCACGGUGGUAUGGGUCACACAGAAUCAGCUGGUGAGCGCGACUUUGAGCUUCCUGCUCCCGCUGUUGCCUCAGUCAGUACUCUGAUUCCUGCUUCUGAAGCCCAGCUUGCUCCUAUUCAACAAGAACUGGCAGGGAGGUCAGCAGAUGGGUCAAGUCCAGAAGAUGGAGAAGAAUCUGACCAUGAGGAUGGGAGUUACUGUCCUCCUGUAAAACGUGAAAGAACUUCAUCUUUAACACAGUUCCCUCCUUCACAGACAGUAACAAAGAACAAUGUCUUUAUGCCAUCAAGCUUCUGUGAACCUUCUGCAGGAAAUUCUGACUCGGAACCAGAGGAAAAGAGCAGUGGAUUCCGGCUGAAACCACCAACACUUAUCCAUGGCCAGGCACCUAGUGCAGGUCUCCCAAGCCAGAAACCUAAGGAACAGCAACGAAGUGUACUACGCCCUGCAGUUUUACAAGCACCACAGCCUAAGGCUUUUUCACAAAUGGUUCCCAGCAGUGGGACCAAUGGUGUAAACAUCCUACCAGACUCUGCGGUGGCAGCCACAUCAGAAUUAUUAAGUAACACAACACAGAAAGCUUCUGAUGGUGAAGACCAGGAGCUUGAAUUGGAGGCCGAUUCUUCGCUGGAUGAGAAUAGGUCAGCUCCCGGGCUGCUGCACUGGGCAACACCGUAUGGAGAGGAGGUGAAAGAAUGUCAGAAAAAUGAGUCUAACAAUACUUCAGAGGAUGAAAAUGGCGAGAAAUCAGAGCACAAUGCACAGCAAGCAUUUGUAUUUGGGCAAAACUUAAGAGACAGAGUUAAGUUGGGAAAUGAAAGUGAUGAAACAGCUGAUGUACAGAAUGCUGGGCUUCCAAGCUCGGAAACGCCAUCGGCAACAAACUACUUUCUGCAGUACAUCAGUUCCAAUUUAGAGAACUCAACAAACAAUGCAGAUGCUUCCAGCAACAAAUUUGUAUUUGGACAGAAUAUGAGUGAGAGAGUCUUGAGCCCACCAAAAUCAAAUGAAGCUGGUACAGAAAGUAGCAAGGAAAAUGCUGCUACAGAAUCUGGCUCUGAAUCUUCUUCACAGGAAGCUACUCCAGAGAAAGCUAAUAAUAUUUCAGAAUCACUGGCAGAGUCUGCAGCAGCCUAUACUAAAGCAACAGCAAAGAAGUGUUUGCUGGAGAAGGUAGAGGUGAUCACUGGGGAAGAAGCAGAGAGCAAUGUGCUACAGAUACAAUGCAAGUUGUUUGUGUUUGAUAAGAACUCUCAGUCUUGGGUGGAAAGAGGUAGAGGACUUCUGAGACUCAAUGAUAUGGCAUCAACAGAUGAUGGAACAUUACAAUCUCGACUAGUAAUGCGGACUCAGGGGAGUCUCAGGUUAAUCCUGAACACCAAGCUCUGGGCUCAGAUGCAGAUUGACAAAGCCAGUGAAAAGAGUAUUCGUAUCACAGCCAUGGAUACAGAGGACCAGGGAGUCAAAGUUUUUCUGAUAUCGGCAAGCUCUAAAGAUACAGGACAGCUGUAUGCUGCAUUACACCAUCGGAUCUUGGCUCUACGGUGUAGAGUGGAACAAGAGCAAGAAGCGAAGAUCACAGCACCUGAGCCAGAGGUAACGCAAUCAAAUGAAGAAGAUAGUGAUGACGAUGAUGUCAUUGCUCCUUCAGGAUCUGCUGGAAGUGGUCCUAAUGAUGAAGGAGAUGGGCAGAAUAUUGGCAGCACAUAGCAGCUGUGAGCCCAUCUGCCUGCAAGGCUGCUGCAAACACCAUCUUGCAGGCACCUCUGUGGAUACCCCAGGCCAGCGAUUGUUCCAGGCAGUGCUGAAGGCUCCAGGACUUAGGAACUGUGCAUCCCUGUUCUGUUUGUUUGGUUUUUUUGGUCUGGAUCAGUAGAUUCCACAAAAAAAAAAAGCAGACUUGGAAACUGCCUGAAUGUGGUUUGGGACAUGAAAGCUCAUCAUAUUGAUGAGCAGAAAAAUAACAUUUCCCCUUUUCCUUGUAAUUGAAAUGGCACAUUAUGACUUGUCACAGCUUUCAUUGGGACCUUUUGACUGUUUCUUCAGUAGCUCAUGUUUUGCAGGCCUCUGAGAUAGAACUUUCGAGCACGGUUCCAACUUGAAUUCUUCUUUCUUAACCCCCGCUUCUCCCUUUUCAGUUCCUGCUGCCUGCAGAGAAGCUGUGCUCUUCUCUGUUCAUGCACUCACUGAUUACCCUUCUGGCUUCGUUCUCUUUGGAUUGCAGAGAGGGCAGCAUUUUCUUACCUUAAUCCCAAUGUGAUUUGUGGAUACCAUUGUCCUUUGUCGGUCGGUCUGUACACAGAGGUUAAAAAAAAGGUGUCUUGACAGGAAAGCCUUGUACUGAGUUAAUAAGAGACUUUAAAGUUCACUGGACAUUUUGCUAACCCUUUCCUUCUUCCCGCCCACUUCCAAUGUUAUUAUUUGGGGGUUUAUAUUGUGCUGAUACUUUUGUUUUAUUUUAGAUCUGAAUAAGUUGCUCUUGUGUGUUGAGAAAGUGAAACUAUUGUUUUGUACUGUUCUUUUCUGUUACUAUUUAAGGGAGAGCUAAGCCACUAUAAAUAAUAGGUGUUGCAUACAAUUUUUCAUAGUAAACUUAUGUUCUUGUGGCUGUGAUUAAAGCUUAGGGUGGCAUACAGAUCACACACCUUCAGAACAGCUGAAACACAGCUGUCUGCCUUUGGAAGAAUGAUGUGGGCUCAUUUGGUGAGUUGGGCAAGCCAUUACAACAGAUCUAUACACAAAAAAGCUGUUCUCAUUAAAGGUGUCUACAUUGCAGUUAGACACCUGUACCUGCCCAUGCUAGCUGAUGGGGGGGGUCCCGGGGCUCAGGCUGGUGGGCUGUGUCAUUCCAGUGUAGACGUCUGGAGUCGGGCUGCAGCACGAGCUCUGGGGCUCUCCCAACUCACAGGGUCCCAGGAUUCAGGCUCCAGCCCAAGCCUGGAAGUCUACACUGCAGUGACAUUACCCCCCAGCCCGAGCCUUGGGAGCCCAAGUCAGCUGGCAGAAGCCAGCCGCAGGGUUUAUUUGCAUACCCUCAGUGACUUGAGUUUCAGUUCAACAAAGUACUUAACCAUUGUCCCUAACUUUAAGCACAUGAGUAAUCACAUUCACAGUAAGGGGAUUACUCCUAUGCUUAAAAUUAGCACACAUGCUGGAGCACUUGCUGAACUGGGGGCCUUAAUGAGCAAAUUACUUUCUAAACCUCCCUUUCCCUUUCUUGUCGCCUUAGGUUUUGCAGUAUGAAGAAUUAUUGCUAGCUUUGAUUAACUUGUGCUGAAGAAUGAUGAUUCCUGUUUUGCCAAAUAAAGGCAAAAAAGUGUUUUUCUGUGUAAUUCUGAAGGGUUCCUUCUGUAACCACAGUUCAUUUUGCUUUUGUCAUUUUUUAACCUUUCGGCCUCUUGUGUCAAACUCACAAUGACUGUGUUUUAGUAACCAAUUGAUACAAUAUCUCAUUCCUGUCCAGUAAAGAUGGAAUACAUAGCCAGCUAAGAACAGUGUGUAGCCCACUUUCCUAUAAAUAUCCCCAUUUUAUUUUAUUUUCUCUUAUAAUUGCAUACUCUUUGUACAAAUUUUUCAUUUAGAUUGGGGAGAACUAAAAUGCAUCUUCAAAAAAAAAAAAAAAAAGAAAGAGGAAGAAGAAAUAUUUAGUGCAGGAAACCUUGAAAAUGGAAACCCAAGAGUUCUUGUAACACAAAAGCAGCUGGGGAAACCAUUCAGAUUGAUUAAGCAGCUUUUAUAUUAAUGAAAACCCACACCUUUUAUAGUCAGGAGUCCAAAGUGUAUUUAGCUUGUUCUCUUUGUAUUUUUCCUAUUGUCAAUAGCUAACUGUUGCCAGGGGUUUUAGUUGCUUGUUUUCCUGACUUAGCCCAUUGAAGGAAUUCCUGGUGUUACUCUUUCUGGGGGUGGAAAGGGCUCGGGAUUAGCUGUGCCACUGCAUUUGUGACCUCUCUGGAUUGUCUGCUCAUGCAGUCUGUGGGUAUUGUUCUUUCUCCAUAGAGGGAAUUGUAUCUUUUGUCAUGCACAAGCCGAUUGACGCUCUCUUUUCGUGCUCCUCACAAGCAGAAAUCUGGCAGAUUUUUAAUCCUCUGCAAGUGUUUAUCUGCCCCCACACACUUUGGGAAUUCUUUGGUUUGCAUUAAGAGAUCUGCAUUUCUUUUGGACCUUUUUUUACGUGGAUAUUCAAAUGAAUUUAAAAUACUCUCUUAAAAUAAAUUUUCAAAGUAAAGCUUCUGAUUUCCAACAUAAAGAUUAUUACAGAAGAUAAAGAAGUUAAUAAGGUGUCUUUGUUGCAGGGCCUAACUGUGGAAUACUAGAUGUUACUUCCUGCUCCCAAACUCCACUUUUUUUGGAAGUGUGUGUGUGUAGGGGCUCACUUUCGGGCAUUUCACAAUAGUGUUACAUUGACAAAUGCAUUAACAUCCAGAAGAAUGGAAUAAGCAUGCUUGUUUUCAUGGGGUGCAGUAGUAUUAAACAGUUACCUACAGAGUUUUCUUAAAAUCUGGCAGCUGUUUACUGGUAAAACUUGGGUUUCAGCUAGAAGCCUUGCAUAUAUGUUUAUAGUAUAAUAACUAUAAAAUAUUUCAUCUUCGUCCAAAAUAUUAUACUCUAUAAACCAUUCACAGAAUUGGCCAAAAGUUAAUUUCAAGCCCUGUCCAGAAAGAUAUAGUUAGGCCAGAUCUAAACGUUAUUACACUUUCUGCUUUAAGCCUUAGUAAACUAGUGACAAGUAAAACCAGAUAAUGCCCAUGUGUUUUGAAAGAUUUAUGUAAGAUUGUCAUAUCAAUUGUAUUUGGGAAUUACAUUAAAACUUUUAACAAAAACAAAAAACCAAUAA